CCCUCCUUGCCUCUGACACACACACUCUCACACUGAGUUUGCACACAUGCCAGGAUCCUCACACUGUACCUGAGCACUUCACUCCACGCAGCGACCACCCACGCUGGGAUCCAGUGCGCGCGAGACACGGACAGAGUGGAAGGAACCCAGUGCUUUCCACAGCUGCACAGCUCCUUAGAGUCUCUCUCUUCAUCAUCUUCCCCCCACCAACACCCCACCAUCAUCAGUCUCUUCAAGCCAGUUAGAUCAUGAACCUGCUCUUUUCUGGUUGCUAAGGAGGGGAAAUCGAGCUCCGAGGAGUGGACGAGGCGGUACUUAGACUAAGAGACAGAAAGAGAGAUCAAGAGACCAAGAAUGGCUCAGGCCUCUCAGGACCAAGGUGCAGUGGGCGUGGCUGACCCAGAUGACGACUCACCCAACAUGAUUGCUUACAGGAAGAUUGAGUACAUCAUCACACGCCUCCAAGAUGAAACUGAAGGUGUGCCAGUCAGAACGGUCAAGAGCUUCCUGUCCAAGAUUCCCAGCGUUGUUACAGGUUCAGACAUUGUUCAGUGGAUGAUGAAGAACCUCAACAUAGAUGAUCCCGUGGAGGCCAUACACAUCGGCAGUCUGAUCGCUGCCCAAGGCUACAUAUUCCCCAUCUCUGAUCAUGUUCUCACCCUCAAGGAUGAUGGGACAUUUUACCGCUUUCAGGUGAGCUUAUCUACAGUAUCUACCAUCAACCAAAUAAGAAUCAUGUGGAUUGAAUCCUGGCAGCUGUGGUUUCCAGGAUGUGAUCUUGUUUCACUUAAGCACUGCUGA